AUGCAUCCGUGGGAGCAUUCCAAUCAUCUGCUGCUCCCCUACCGGGGCGAAGCAGAAGACCUGCUGGUAUUGUGUGAGCAACUAAAGCUCCCCAUGAUGAGGAAAUUGCCUCCGGAGCUGCGAGAUGCUAUUGGCAGUUUUAUCGGUCCUAGCCCCUUGUGGCGGUAUAGCACCGUCAUUCAGCGAGCCGCCAGCUUGCGGCUCGCACCAACACCACCAACACCGAUAACCCGCCUGCCCCUCUGCGAUAUCCAAUCUUGGCAUCUUUAUGGAGAGCCUACCGUCUGCGAAAAGCCGCCGACGGAUUCGAGUCAUAUCCGCAUCACGGUAGAUUCAAGUGGUAUCAAGAAGAUUUCUCUCCUCGCUCACAAGGGAGAUGAUGAAAUGUAUAAAACUGCGCCAACCUCAUCUCAGCUAUUCAUCAUCGAGAAGCCUGCUGUGCUUGGUAACGUUAUUGCACGUCUUCAAGAUGGCUAUUGCCGGCUUGAAUUUCCUCAGCCUGCUUUAGUCACUUUUCUAAACUGGCCUCUAGUGCCCCAGGCCUAUCGCGAUAUUAUCCAGGCUUCGACCAAAGAGCGAGCUCUCUCUCUAUCACAAAAAGCUACGAAGAUCCAGCCAUUUAGCCGCUUAUCUUUUAUCAAUACUGCUACUUGUUUUGGGUUAACAUUCUUGUUGCAUAGCGAUCGCAUCAAGGCAGUCCACGCACAUACCUCAACAGUGCCCACGGCAUACGAGGCCUUCCUUCGUCUUACCUCUGGCUGCCGAGAAUCCGCCGUCUGGUUCUACCUCCCGCUGCCGAUCGGGGAAGAAUUGACUGCCGUGGGAGGCAAAGCUACUGAACACAGCAACGCGCCGGAACCAGGAGGUCUUUUCAUUAAAACAAAGCACCAAGGUCUUGUGCAGCUCAGCAAGUUCGACAAUGGGGAACGCAGUCUGCAGCUUGUCCACUGUACCCGCCGUCCGAUUCUCAUUCAUGAUGCCACGGCGGGUCAGAUAUCCCUAUUUGCACCAGUACCGGCAGCCACAACUCGCAUGCCAUGGACACAGGAUUCAUUGCCUCUUGGUGGGGAGUAUACUACACAGGCACCGCUUGAGGGGGUUACGGCGGCACAUGCGUUCAUGGAUCGUGAGACAAACCAUUGCGGGGGUAUUCUCCUCCAGUACCAGGAUGGAAAGAAGGUGUCGGUUGGGCAGUGCCGACUCGGUCUUGACAAAGUACAGAGCGUUCGGCAUCCCGUCCGCUUCUGCUGUACGACUGUGAAUCACAUUCUGAGUGUGGAGUUUACUGGGGAGGAAACUCACUCUCACACAAACAAAGGAGGUGCCAAUUGGACAUGCCAUAAAAUGACUGGCAGACUGCAUUUUAGGUUCAAUCACGUCAACGCAGAGGUUUUCAUAGUGAACUAG